AUGUCCUCAGAUUCGAAGCCAGACAUAUUUACUUACGCCGACUUUGACCUUCAAGCUUUGUGUCAUAAAGCGAGCACACUACGGCAGGGUGUUUCGUGUGUCUGUAGGCCUGAUCAACGACCUUGCUCGGGAAGUUUCAACUGGGCUAUCUUCAUUUCGUUUGAAGAUGGGAUACGAUGGGUCUUCAGAUCCCCACACCCCAGACCAUUCAUAUCAAUAGAAAUAGGCAUGAAGCUACUGGCUAGUGAAGCUACCACACUCCGAUAUCUUAGAGCUCACAGCGACGUGCCGGUCCCAGAAGUAUACAAUUAUUAUGCAUCAUCCGAGAAUGAUAUCGGGGUACCCUUCAUUAUUAUGAGUGAAACGCAGGGGCAGCUAUUGUCAAAAAUUUGGAGACCAGCUAGUUCUCCUCAACUCGACCUAGAUACUCCCAGCAAGGCUAGAAUGCUUAUCUAUUACGAUUUAAAAAAAAUCGGCUUACUCUUUGAAAAAGAUAGGUCCUUCGAAAUUAAGACAUGCCUCUCGCGCGGUCAUAUAUUAUAUGGACGAUAUAAUUUAAAGAUCCUGUGUGGCUCUUUUACUUCUGAGACAGAAUUCUAUAACAGCCUUAGCGACUUUAUAACUGCCAAACGCAAACCCGACUCGUUAAAAAAUAGAUUGGAUUAUAUAAUUGCAGCUAACACUCUCCGCGACAUUAUACCCAGACUUAAAUUUUUAGCUGUCAAUCCGAAGACGUUGCCUCCAGAGUUAGUUGUACCUUUUAUAAACGGUUUUAUUACUGCUAUACCGGGGUCGAUCGAAAAGAGUUUAAUCCACAAAUAUCGCGAAUCACUUGAGCGGGCCCAAGUCUCUUGGAGACUGAGUCGACUCUUGAACCUUGACUCUAUAAUGGAUAUAAAACAAUACUUCUUACAACAGCGGCGUUCCCCUCACUAUAUCCAGCUGUAUAAUGAAGUCCAAGAAAAGAAUCAGCCGCUCUCGAAAAUUGAAAAGGACGAAAAAGGAUAUUUUCAAAACAAGGUCAUCAUAAAUACAAUAGCUAAGAAGCUUACGCUCGUGUCCGAAUGGAAAACAAAAUAUACUGCCAACAACCCACCCAAGCUUCAGAGAGAUAUGUUUGUCGCUUCUCCCAACUUGUGGAAGUGGAUCCAACGGUUUAUGCAGGACUGGGAAGAUAUGCUUGAUACGUCCACCAAAGAAUCACGAUUUUAA